UCAAGGAGUUUCUUCACACCUCCUUUGGUCUUCUCCAGCGUUCCUACUGUCGCCCUUCCCUCUCUGAAGUGGCACCCUUUCAGUCCUAAUUUAGUCAUGCUGGAAUGCAUCAGCUUUUCUCAUCACCACCCCAGAGGGGAAAGCAAACCCCAUUGUCCAGGUCCCAUUGAAAAGAUUUUCUUUGUUUUUGUUUUUUCCAGCCGCACAGCCCAGCAUGGUGAAGGAGGCAGAACCCAAGGCACUUUCACCGUGCUCCUCGCGGCUUUGGGUGCUGCAGAGGAGGAGGGGCGCCCCAGCUACCCCCAAUUUCCUCAGACACAUAGUGGUCAGCUUCCUUCAAACCGUCUUCUUCCCCAUCGCCGUGCUGUUGGGGCGCGAGAAGACAGCGGGAGAAAGGCGGUCCUGGGGCUCCACUGCACAGUUGCCGUGGAGAUGAGCAAAGGUCGGCACUUGGAGGAUGGACGGAAGCCGGGGGGAGCACCCCUCCAUUCUCCUGCCACCCAUCGGAGAGGAACGUCCUCCUUUUGGGAAUUUCUAAGCAGCUGCAGGAUCAACCAGCCCAGGCCAUUUAAACACGGAACGAUGCUCUUCGUGCUCUCCACCCACCCAACCACCCAGCUCCCAAAACGUCCGUCGUUCUCGGAGACCGGUUUGCCUGCAGCUCCCGCCCCGCCUCCCAGAAAAACGGUCGACUGCCUGGGAGCGCCUUCGCCAGGGCUCAAUCGACACUAGGGCUGGCUGGUCACCAGGGGCCCAUGUUGACAC